AUGGAGCAUGCAAGAAACCAGACAGAAGUUCAGGAAUUCAUCCUGGAGGGCUUUCCUAAUGUCCAGCACCUUGGGAUGGUUCUCUUCAUGGUGCAUCUGUUGGCAUACCUGACCUCCAUCAUGGGAAACAUACUCAUAAUCACCAUCACCUGGGUUGACCAUCGUCUCCAGACACCCAUGUACUUCUUCCUUAGCAGUUUCUCCUUUUUUGAAUGCUGUUUUAUAACCACUGUUAUUCCAAAAUUGCUGGCCAUCUUUCUGUCAGGGAAGCAAUCAAUUUCCUUUUCUGCCUGCUUCACACAAGCCUUUGUCUUUCUUUUCCUGGGAACAACUGUUUUCUUCCUUAUGGCUGUAUUAUCCCUCGAUCGGUACUUGGCCAUUUGCAAACCUCUGUAUUACCCAGCCAUCAUGAACCCAAGGAUGUGUUUCCUUCUAGUCAUGGCCUGUUUAGCUUUGGGCUUUGUCCUCAUGGUGGUUCCAGUUAUAAUGCUUUCCCAGUCAUCCUUCUGUGGCCCCCAUGUCAUCCCUCACUUCUUCUGUGAUUUUGGGCCCCUGGUUCAUCUCUCUUGUUCUGAUACCAGAUCUACUGAAUUGUUGGCCUUUGUCCUUGCUUUGGUUAUCCUUUUGACAUCUCUUAUCAUAACCAUCAUUGCAUACAGCAACAUAGUAGUGACAAUUAUGCGACUACCAUCAGCCAAGGAGCAGCAGAAAGCUUUCUCUACCUGUUCCUCUCACCUCAUGGUUCUCUUUCUGAUGUAUGGCAGCUGUGUGUUUAUAUAUGUGAAACCAAAGCAAACGAACAGGCUGAACUCCAACAGAGAGGCUGCCCUUGUGAACACGGUGGUGACCCCAUUGCUCAACCCUGUCAUCUAUACUCUGCGGAACAAGCAGGUCCACCAGGCUCUGAGGAAUGCUCUGUCCAGGGUUAGAUUGCAAAAAUAG